AUGGGGUCUCUUGGAAGUGAAGUUGCAAAGAAGAAGGCGAUGUGGUUAUAUCCUAAAGUUGCUGGUUUCUGUCCUUCUGAAAGAUGGGGGCAUUCUGCUUGCUAUUCCAGUGGUUCAGUCUAUAUCUUUGGGGGAUGUUGUGGUGGGAUGCAUUUUAGUGAUGUUUUGGUACUGAAUCUGGAGAGGAUGGAUUGGAGUAUUCUGAUGACCAAAGGACAGGGGCCAGGGCCGCGGGACAGCCAUAGCGCCGUAAUUGUCGAAAAUAGGAUGAUUGUGUUUGGAGGCACCAAUGGUUCCGAGAAGGUCAAUGAUGUGCAUAUAUUAGAUCUCAGGUCUAGAGAGUGGACAAGACCCGAAUGCAAAGGAACUCCUCCUUCUCCUCGAGAGAGCCACUCUGCUACUCUAGUUGGAAACGAAAAAUUGGUGAUAUUUGGAGGAAGUGGAGAAGGGGAAGCAAAUUAUCUGAAUGAUUUGCAUGUUCUAGACCUAAAAACCAUGAGUUGGGCUUCACCAGAAACACAAGGAAAUGUCCCGGUCCCUAGAGAUAGUCACUGUGCUGUGGCAAUUGGUAGCAGGCUUUUCUUGUAUGGUGGAGACUCUGGUGAUCGAUACCAGGGUGAUGUCGACGUGCUUGAUAUCGAAACAUUGGCUUGGUCCAGGAUGGAUGUCCAUGGUCCUUUACCCGAUGUUCGAGCAGGUCAUGCUUCUGUGAAUUUUGGCACUAAAGUGUAUGUGAUUGGCGGGGUUGCUCAUAAGAAGUAUUACAAUGAUGUUUGGGUCCUUGAUGUUCUUUCAUGUUCAUGGACGCGGCUGGACAUCUGUGGCCGGCAACCACAAGGAAGAUUUUCGCAUACUGCAGUGGCCACAAACUUUGAUAUAACAAUCUAUGGAGGUUGCGGAGAGGAUGAGCGCCCACUCAAUGAGUUACUCACCCUGCAGCUUGGUGUUGAGCAAAACAAUGGACUGUAUAAGAUGCCUCUACACUUAGCUACUGGCAACCAGUGCAAUGUGGAAACCACAAGGUCUCAGAGAGUAUCGAAUAAUCUGAAAGAAAGAGAGUUUAUAAGCUUAAGUGAAAGCUUUAUGGGAAGGGAUUCUGAAGAACGGAUUGCAUUACCAAAGAGGUCUUUCAGCCUCGACUCAGAUGCUUUCCAUUUGAAAAGGCGAAGGGUGAAUAAUUCGAAGAUAUUCCAUGCUGAAUCAGGGGCUACUGAAGAGCAUUCUGUUUCACUUUCCCCAAAUUCAUCUCCAUCUCAAUCAGAUCAAGGACAGACCACCGUUAAUAAGGUCCCCAAUGUCCAAGUUCCCAAGGUGUUCCCAAUUCUCAAGCAGCACAAUGCAAUUCCUGUCAACAUCCAGCCAUCCUCCAAAAUUAUGAGCCCCAGGAUUGAGCCUGAUCGACAUUUUUUCACUGAACAUCCAACUCAAUCAAAACCAGUCAACCUCCGCACUGUUAACCAUGAUGAAGUACAUUUUCCAGAAACUGAGGCACGGUCCUUGGGAACAGGACAGUUCCACAGCAUGAUUGGAACUGAAGUUCGUGGUAAAGUUGAUGGAGCUUUUGAUUCUGGUUACCUGAUGACUGCUACUGUUAAUGGAAAGACAUUUAGAGGAGUACUUUUUGCUCCGGGUCCUAUGGUUAUGACAAGAGAGGUAAAUCUUGGUUAUCAGAGGCCUCCUACUCGCACGAACCACACCAUGGUGAAUCAAGUGAACACUUGUAUAAACCAUUCAAACCUUGGAGUGAGGCUACCUAAUCAGCCAACUAAACUUCAUUCUCCAGAGUUUCAACUAGCUCAAUUUAGAAGAUCGAAUUCAGCCAUUCGAUCAUCUGCAUCGUCAAAUGCGGAUCCAAAUCACAAAAAUGAACUUUUAGGGGUAGUUCUAUCUCUUGGAGGUCCAGGAUAUGGCAAUGGCAAGCUGUAG